GGUGAUUUUAUUGGAUUAUCUUGCAUAGAUAAAAAAUGUCUAUAAUGCAAAAGGUCCAUUGGUCAAUUUGAUGAUGUUUACUGACGAUGCCACGUUCUAUGGGUUCAGUCGGAUCUAACGUGGUUGUCAGGGUGGAGGAGGUUUCAGGCUGGCUUUCUGUGUUAGUCUGGAGAGUAACGGACGAGAUGUUCCACGAUGGUCAUUUAGAUGUGUUGGUUAGUCAAACGUACGGGACCGUGAGACCACAGGGUUGAUCUGUAUAGGUCACUAGGUCACUGGUGCGUAUACCUAGUUUAAGGAGGUUUGCGGGGUUCUCAGCUGAUGGACAAUAGCGCCAGGGAAUGUCAGUGGUGGCAGAUUUGAUUUCUUUUACACUGUUGGAGACGAACCUGUUCAUUUCUCGACUUGACGAUAGCCAAUGUAGAACGAUCUGGCUGUCAGACCAGAGGUACACUGUAGACCGUUGGAGAUUGGGUCGAAGAUAUGAGACAAUCUUGAACCGAUCACGGCUGCCAUCAACCGUCGAGUUGCGGUAAUGUUGGUUUUUUUAGCUGGGUGACUUGGGAUUUGUACUCUUGGGGAACACAACGGGACAUUUGAGAACGUUGUUUGAACACGUGUUUGAGAUGCAUGGGCUUUGUACUCUUGUUAUACGAAGUAAAGAUGGCAGAUCGACCAGAGGUAAGUUCAUGAAUUAUUAAUUUUUUCUGUUACAAAACAUUAUAAAUUCCAAAGUCUUUCAUGUUUUAUAUAGGUAAAUAAAGAGUGUUCAAGUAAAGAGGAAUUCGACGUAGGUUAGUAGCUAUUUCAUUGUUUAUAUGGAAGCAAUUUCAGAAAACUUUUAACUCGUGAAAAUAUAAGCAUUUUUAUUUAUUUACCUUCAAUAUACUAACUAUACCUAAUUGGGAAAUCAAACUUUAGACCUUUACCACAUGUAUAAUUAAUACACAUUGAAAUUACUGUUAAAUAUACUUUAAAAUGAUCAACUGGAAAUCUUUCAGAAGUAAAUGCAUCAUCAUGCAAAAGUGUGUUAGAAAAAAGAGAACUAGAGAAAAAGGGGAAAAAAGAAAAAAAGGGAAAAAGACAAGAGACCAAAUUACACAGAUCUGUCAACAAAUUAUAAAAGACUAUCCAUUUUUGCAAGAUAAGGGCAUAGGAUCUGGCUAUGAUUCUUGGUAUUCUCAAAUUUACGAAAAAUUUAGGAAUGAAAGAAAGCACGCACAGGACCCGUUGGUUCUUCAACGAAAGAGAAAGUCAGUGGACUCUGACACUAAAGUUGUAAAGAAGUCUCUCAGAAGAGGAGGAAUAAAUUGGGAGCCACCAUAUCCUGAGGGAGAAGAUGAGGCAUCAAUCAAAGCACAUGUUGCUUUCAUGAAGAAUGAAUCCCGCAAGAGAAGCCCUAACUUAGAGAAAAUACAAUCAAGGAUGGACCGCACAUUUCCCCACCGGAGGAGGUUUAUCAAUGAGAAGAGGCCUUUGGCUGAAAUUAGGCAUGAGUAUCCAACACUUUUCACGAGCAAGGAGAUUGUUUCUGAAUUUGAGAGGAUUUUGGCAGUCAAAUCCAGCAUCACUGAGCAGUUUAAGGCAAACUUCUCUCAAAUGGCCAACAAAGUACUCCUCCUUGCCAAAAUGUCAAAGAAAGCCAAGUGUUAUGAGCAGGUGAAGAAAUAUCUGAAGUUGCUAGAGAAUGAUGACUCCUGUGACCAGGAGGUUGAAAAUUCAGAUGAUGAAAUAUCAGACGUCGCUCUUUUACUGGCUGCCCUACUGCUGCAAAAGUCUGGCAAAAAUGACCUAAGCAGCUUCAUCCAGUUUAUCCCAGAAGGUUCAAAUUUUGAAAAGGUGGCAAGUGAAAUGGAUGAGGUGCAUCCAAAGAUAUUGGUGAAGGGAGAGUUGCAAGAUCUUGGGGAGAAGGCUGUGGUUGCAGAGAAAACCGUUAUUUGUACCGUACAAGGAAUGUUGCUGGAUGCAGUUGUGGUAUAUAUGGCUGUGAACUAUUCUUUUAUGUUUGAAUAUCCAGUUGGAUUCAACCAGUUUUGUUUAUUUGUACAAAAAUGUGUUUUAAGUAUUCUGGAUGGAAAAAAGUUACCAGGUUCUGUUUUAGAUUUUGUUAACAAAUUAGACACUUUAUAA